AACUCUCCGAUUGUGUCGCUCUCGUCCAUUUUGUCACCCAAUCUCUCAUUCUCCCUUUCAUUUUCUCUCUCCUCUCAAUCUCUAUAUAAACUCCAAUCACUUAACUAGGUUUGCUCUUUUCACCACCCCCAUUUCUCAUUCUCUUUCUUUCUCUCAUUUCGUCAUACACUUCGCUUCUUAACAAUUUCAACCGUUGUAAUAUUCAGCUUUACCAAUUGUUUGCUGCUGCUCUUCUCUAGACCAAUACGUUGGUUGUUGUUUCGUUCUGACAGCAGUUGGAUGGCAUUUUGAUUUUGAGUUGUAAUUAAAUUUUCAACGCAUCCCUGUAACUUCAAAAUUUGUCAUUGACUAUGCUCUGGCAUGUGUUCAUGUAUCUAUAUCUGUAAACAAGCAGAAGAAAUUCCGUAUCUAUGCAUUUACUAUAAAUGAUCAAACUUUAUGCAUUUACUUUGGACAGUGAAGCUAUUGUUGGUACUGUUGAUGAAUUUCUGAUGUGCAUCUUAGCAUUGUUAUAAUUCAGAUUUCAUUUCAUAAUGUACAUCUAGACACCUCUCUUGGAUUUUGUGAAAUAUUUGCAGAUACCAUUCAGCUAAAUUCAGCAAAUAGAGAACACAUUUGAAACUGUACCUGUUCGUUGCUUGCAUAUUUUAUUUUCUGGGAAUCUUACUACAUCACCUGCAUGGAAAACUUGGCACAACUGGAAGCAUUGUGCGAGAGGCUUUACAAGUCACAAGACUCUGCUGAGCGAGCAUAUGCUGAGAACACAUUGAGAUGCUUUUCUCAGGAUAUCAGUUGCAUUUCGCAGUUGGAAUACAUACUUGCGAAUGCAAGAAAUCCAUAUGCAGUUUUAUUUGCUAGCUCAAGCUUGUUAAAGCAAGUCACUGAAAAUAUUCUGCCUUUGCAGCUACGCCUUCAAAUUCGCAACCUUGUUAUAAACUAUCUGGCUUCUAGAAGUGCUGACUUGGAGCAUUUUGUAACGACUUCGUUGAUUCAACUUGUUUGUCGAGUGACAAAAUUUGGUUGGUUUGAUGAUGAUAAAUUCCAGGAGAUUGUUAGUGAUUCUGUGAACUUUUUGAAUCAGGAAGCCGCUCAUUAUGCUAUUGGUUUGAAGGUAUUGAAUCACCUUGUGGGUGAGAUCAAUCAGCCUACUCCUGGGUUGUCUGUGUUGCAAAAUCGGAAGGUGGCAAACAAGUUCAAAGAUCAGGCACUUAGUCAAAUUUACCAAAUCUCACUUACAUCAUUGCUUGGAUUAAAAAAUGAUGCUCAACAAAAGUUGCAGGAGUUGGCUCUUUCACUUUCUCUACAAUGUUUAUCUUUUGAUUUCAUGGGAGUGACAGUUGAUGAAAGCGCUGAUGAAGUUGGUACACUCCAGACUCCGAUCUCCUGGAGACCAGUCCUUGAGGAACCCUCGACUGUACAACUAUAUUUUGACUAUUAUGCAGUCACCAGUCCUCCUGUUUCAAAAUUAGCUUUGGAGUGUCUGGUAAGCUUGGCUUCCGUUAGAAGAUCGUUUUUCACAAGCCCUGGCACACGUAUGAUUUUUAUAACUUCAUUGAUGAUGGGCACUAAGGAUAUUCUGGAAACAGGGAAAGGUCUUAAUCAUCAUGAAAAUUAUCAUGAGCUUUGCCGUCUCCUUGGGCGUUUUAAAUUGAAUUAUCAGUUGUCAGAGUUGGUGAAUGUGGAAGCCUACAGUGCAUGGAUAGGCCUAGUAUCAGAUUUUACGCUGAAGUCUCUGCAGUCUUGGAAGUGGACAAGCAGCAGUAUUUACUAUCUUUUAGGACUGUGGUCCAGAAUGGUGACAUCUUUACCAUAUAUGAAGGAUAAUUCUGCAAACUACCGGUUAGAUGAGUUUGUGCCCAAGAUUUUGGAAGGAUUUGUUUCUUCACGGUUUAAUUCACUACAGGCUGGGUUCUCGGACGAUCAUUCAGAAGAUCCUCUAGACAAGAUUGAGCUAAUGCAGGAUCAGCUCGAGUUCUUUCCAUAUCUUUUCAGAUACCAGUAUGAGAGCUGCAGUACCAACUUAACGAAUGUUAUUGACCCUAUUUUACAAGAAUAUAUGGAAGGCACAAAACUCCAGGAGUAUGUAACUAGUAGCAACAUUGCAGUAGUAGAGACCAAGCUUGCAUGGCUGGUGCAUAUUGUGGGUGCAAUAUUGAGAAUAAAGCAAUAUACUGGGGCUGAAUCAAAUGAAGUGAUUGACGCAAACCUUUCAGCACGUGUUUUGCAGUUGAUAAAUUUCAUGGAUACUGGAUCUUAUGUCCAGAGAUACGGCGAACUCAGCAGGCAGAGGCUUGAACUUGCAGUUCUCAGUUUCUUUCAAAGCUUUAGGAAGAAUUACAUAGGAAAUGAGCCACUGCAUGCUUCAAAGUUGUAUGUCCGGUUGUCUGAACUUCUUGGACUGCAUGAUCAUCUGUUGGUUUUGGAUGUCAUGGUCCAGAAAAUCGCUAAGAAUUUGAAGUUUUGUUCGGAGAGUGAGGAGGUUCUGGAUCAAACAUUAUCUCUGUUCUUGGAGAUGGCAUCUGGGUAUACGUCGGGAAAAUUUCUUUUAAAGCUGGAUUCUGUUCAGUAUAUAACAGCGAAUCACAGUAGAGAGCAUUUUCUUUUCCUGAAAGACUACAGCUGUCGCAGAAGAACCACUUUCUAUUACACUAUUGGUUCACUGUUGUUCGUGGAAGAUAGCAUUGCCAAGUUUAAGCAAGCAAUGGAUCCUUUUCAACAGGUUUUUGUCAACCUUGAGUCAAUUCCUGACCCAAUGUUUCGGGAUGAGACUGUAAAAUAUGCUUUAGUUGGACUGAUGCGAGAUCUCAGGGGAAUUGCAAUGGCCACAAACAGUCGCAAGGCAUAUGGAUUUCUUUUUGAUUGGUUAUAUCCAACGCAUAUGCCGCUUCUUUUGAAAGCUAUUACUACUUGGAUUGAUAGUCCAGAGGUGACAACCUCACUGCUGAAAUUCAUUGCAGAGCUAGUACUUAAUAAAGCCCAACGUUUGACGUUUGACCAAUGUUCUCCUAAUGGCAUACUGCUUUUCCGGGAAGUAAGCAAGUUGCUUGUUGCUUAUGGAUCUAGAAUUCUUGCUCUUCCUGGUCAAAAGGAUGUCUACAGAACCAAAUACAAAGGAAUAUGGGUUUCUCUUGCCAUUUGCUCAAGAUCAAUUUCUGGCAACUAUGUCAAUUUUGGUGUGUUUGAGUUAUAUGGUGACAGAGCCCUUGAUGAUGCUCUUGAUAUUGCUUUCAAGAUGAUUCUCUCCAUUCCUGCUGCUGAUAUAUUAGCAUAUAGGAAGGUCUCCAAGGCGUACUUCAGAUUUAUAGACGUCUUGCUCAGCAAGCUUAUUAAAGUUGUUUUCAACCUUGAAGGAACUACUUUCAUGAACAUUAUUAGAUCUAUCCAUUCUGGCAUGAAGCUUUUAGAAUCAGACAUUGUGUCUCAGUGUGCCAGUGCGAUUGAUCUUUUGGUAACUUUCUAUUUUGAUCACAUUUUGAUGGGAGAAUCAGCUGCUACGCCAGCUUUACUUAAGUUUGCUCAGCAUAUUUCAGAUUGUGCUGAUAUCUUUCUAGAUAUAUUGAAGACCAUGUUUGAGAUUGUUUUGUUUGAAGACACCCCCAGCCAAUGGGGUCUAAGCAGACCAAUGCUGAGCUUGAUUCUCCUAAGUGAAGAAAUGUACACAAAAUUCAAAACUCAAAUCGUGGCAUCACAGCCUGUGGAUCAACAGCAACAUGUUCUUCACUGCUUCGAUAUGCUUAUGGAAGAUGUUACUCGAGGUUUGGAUUCAGCUAACAGGGACAGGUUUACUCGAAAUCUUGGGAAGUUCAAGAAAGAAUUUCGUGGAAAAUGACUUGGAACUCUUUUCAGACAAAGUUAUGGCCGAAGUAGCUAAAAGGAUGAACUCAUAUUGACAUGUAGAUAAUCGUUCUAGCUUGGGAACCUGUACAUCCUUGGUUUUGUGCAUCCCUGUAUGUAAAUGCCUGUUAAUGGCAUCUGUUGAUAUGGUUUUGUGCCUUCAAGUUCAAAUGUGAACUCUGAAGAGAUGAUGUUACAAGAGGGAAAUAUUUUCCCUAGAAAUUUUGGCAUAGAUUGAAAAAUCUGUGGAAGAUAAAUAUUACAAGUUUUACAAUUUCAGCCA